AUGUCUACACGCUACGUGUCUGUACCAGAUGAAGAGGCUAAGCCUCAUCCACUUAGAGUGGAAGUGAAAAACUACUCCGGUAAGGAGGGUGAGAACCUCAUCCUCUGGAUCCGUGAGAUUGAGAUGGCCAUGAGAUCAGGCCUGAUCACACUUGAACAUCAACAGGUCUCGCUGGCUAUCUCGAAGCUCGAUGGUAGAGCUAGAGAAUGGGCCUUGACGUGUAGCACGUCGGUGGACAUAGCGUUUCCCACAUGGGAGUCGCUCAAGUCACAAUUGGCACAGGUGUUUUCUCCACCUAACCAGGCUUACCGCGUGCGUUCACGCUUUCUUUCUACCCGCCAGGGUAAGAAUGAAUUAUCGGACUAUGUCCAGGAGCUGCGAACGCUCAUGGCUGCAAUGCAGUCUGACCCUCUGCCUGAAGCAGUCCAUGUGACUAUCUUCAUGGAAGGUCUACGUACUGGCAUUGCCAGAACCGAGGUUUUUCGGGUUCACCCCUCUACGUUUAAAAAGGCUGCGAGAAUUGCUCUCAAUGCUGAGCAUAACUUCAAGUCGGCCAGACUUGGUCGAAAUGGAUACAAUCCUCGCUUGUGA